CUGCAGUCUGGUGCUGGGCAGCAGACAGAGCUGGUACAGGUGGUUACAGAUAACAGUCAGGUGACGGUAAUGGACUCAGAUGGUGAGGUUGACUCUGACAGUGUGUCUGUAGCAGACAGUGUCUCUCAGAAUACAGACUUGUAUUCUCUUAAAGAGGUUAACUAUUUCCUAGAUGAUUCUUUUGGCAGGUCAGUGGAAAUAAGGGAAUAUUUCCUUGCUAUUAAAAAGUUUAUUCAGUAUGCACUCCGCCAUGGCUCUAAUCUCAGUGCUGGAGUUUUAUCCAGAACAGAGAUCGUAGCAGGCAGAGUUCUGAUGGUGAAGGCAGAAAUAGAAAGUUUUACCUUUACUUUUAUUAAUAUGUAUGCACCCAAAUCAUGGUCCUGAACGUUUGUCUGUGUUUAAGUUAUUAAAAGACAGCUUAGAUAGCUGGAACUGUUGCACUGAUGUCAUUUUAGACAGGACAGGAGCUCCAUCCUCAGUCGUUUUCUUUUCUGUCUCAGCUGUGAAAAUAUCAGAUGGUAGGGUUAGUGCAGCCAGGUUAGACAGACUUUACCUGUCUGCUUCUUUUAUAACUCGCGCAGCUAACUGUCAAAUCCUCCCUGUUGGUUUUACAAACCAUCAUUUGAUUUUAGUAGAUUUGGUUUUAUCUCCUUCUGGGAAACCUAGGUCCUUCUGGCAAUUUAACGUUAAACUUUUACAUGACUUUAAUUUCUGUGAAAACUUUCAACUGUUUUGGGCUAAUUGGAGAUCCAAGAAAGAGUUUUUUUCCCUCCUUGAGUCAGUGGUGGGAGGUUGGAAAGGGUCAAAUUAGGGUGUUCUGUCAACAGUAAACGUCCUACUCUACUGCAAAUAUUAGAGGGGCUAUGGAGCAGUUAGAGUCAGUAAUCAGAGAGCUAGAGAGUAUGUCUGCUGAAAACACUGAACAGUUACACCUCAGAAGGCAGCAGCUGAACUCGUUUCUUCAAGAGAAAGCUGAAGGAGCUCUGGUCCGAGCACGCUUCACCACUAUAAGAGACAUGGAUGCACCAACCUCCUUCUUCUUCAGCCUGGAGAGGUCUGUGGCCCAAAGGAAGCAGAUGGUGUGCCUCCGCCUGCCUGAUGGGAAUUUGACCUCUGACCCCGCUGAGAUGAGGAGCCAUGCAGUGUCUUCGUACUCAGACCUGUUCAAGGCAGAAGAUUGUGAAGUGGAUGCUGCUGAUGAACUUCUUCAAGGUCUUCCACAGCUGAGUCCAGGAGAACGUGACACCCUGAGCUCUGACAUCUCUUUAGAGGAGCUGACCUCUGCAGUGACACAAAUGGCCUCAGGAAAGGCUCCAGGCAUGGACGGCCUACCUGCAGACUUUUUAAAACAUUUUUGGAGUUUUCUUGGACAUGACCUGCUGGACGUUUUUAAGGAGUCUUUUGAGAAAGGAACUCUUCCAGUCUCCUGUAGGCGUGCUGUGAUCUCCCUGUUACCCAAGAAGGGGGAUCUGACCCUGUUAAAGAACUGGAGACCUGUAGCUCUUUUGUGUACAGACUACAAGAUUUUGUCGAAGGAUUAUUUAUUGGUACUGAUCAGUCGUAUUGUGUCCCUGAUAGAUCAAUACAGGACAAUUUGUUUUUAAUGAGAGACAUUUUUGAAGUUUGCAAACUUUACAACAUUAAUGUGGGUAUCGUUUCUAUUGACGUUAACGUAAUAUUUAAAAUCAUUAAAAGCAGUUCUGAAAAGGUGGGUUUUGAUCAGUGAUUUGAAGUUGGAUGAAUCAGUACAGUCUCUGAUUUGUUUGGGGAGAGAGUUCCAGAGGGAGGGGGUAGCAAUGGAGAAGGCUCUGUCGCCCCAGGUACGAUGCUUGGUCCUCAGUGGUGGAGACAGGAGGUUGGCAUCAGAGGAGCGGAGGCUUUGGGAAGGAGUGUGGCGAUGGAGCAGGUCUGCAAGGUAAGAGGGGGCCUGGUUGUCGAGGGCUUUGUGAGUGAGGAGGAGGACUUUAAAUUGGAUUUGUUGCUGGACAGGGAGCCAGUGGAGGUUCUGUUGGACAGGGGUGAUGUGGUCACGGGAGCGGGUAUGGGUGAGCAGGCGAGCAGCAGAGUUCUGGAUGUAUUGCAGUUUAUUAAGGACUUUAGGAGAUGUACCAUAUAAGAUGCUGUUGCAAUAGACAAUUCUCGAUGUGAUGAAAGUGUGGAUUAGGGUCUCGGCAGCAGAAGGGGAGAGUAAGGGGCGGAAGGCCUGCAGUGUUUUUCAGGUGGAAGAAAGCAGUUCUGGUGAUUUUUUUAAAUCUAAAUUCAGAUAAUGUGAAAAAAAACUUUCUUGAUUUUAAUCCUCUCCUGUGCAUGCAACGUUAUUUAUACUCAAAUACCUUAAGAGGCCCAAAGUUGAUCUAGCAGAAAAAAGUAGCAAAAGUAAAAAAAAAGAGAAGAAAGUAUGAGUAAAACAGAACCAAGUUAGAACCGAGUAAUCAAAUAUGUGUUAUUUAAUAAGAGAUAAUAUAAUGUAAAACUGUGCUAAUGAUGUAGCUGAUUAAUGAAUGAAAACAGUGUUGAGUGUUGAAACUCCUCCUCCUCCACUUCUCCUCUCCUCAGUGUCUUUAUAAGCUUCAGUCUCUCUUCUCCUCACACUCCAACCCUGCUCACCUCUCAGCUGGACAGUAAGGGACGUUUACACCACACACUGACAACAUGCUGGGGACCCUCUGCACUCUCAUCACUGCUCUAACAUAUGUUGAUGCAGUGAUAGUGCUGACCCAGACGCCUGCUGUCCACACAGUUUCUACAGGACAAGAGGUUGUUCUCAACUGCAACAUUGAGAGAUAUGAUGGAAAUUAUGUCCGUUGGUAUAAACAGGUUCCUGGUGGAACUCCUCAGUAUGUUUUGAGAUUUCGUGCAGGGGGCUCACUUUCCUUUGGAACAGGAUUCUCCUCAGACCGAUUCAACUCCAAAUAUUCAUCAAACAUAGAUUACCAGUUUAUCAUUAAGCGGGCAGAGACAGGAGACUCUGCUGUCUAUUACUGUCAGACAUGGGACGACUCUGAUGAUGCAGCUGUAUUCGGACCAGGCACCAAGCUGAUUGUGACAAGCUCCAGCUUCCCUCCUCCUGUCCUGACAGUCUUCCCUCCGUCCAGCGCUGAGCUCCAGUCCAACACAGCCACUCUGGUCUGUCUGUCCAGUCAGUCUGUGCCUUUUGCAGAUGUGAGCUGGUUGUCUGGUGGGAGUCCAGUGAGCAGUGGGAUCUCUACCAGCACCGCUGUUCAGAAACCAGACCAGACUUUUCAAAUCAGCAGCUAUCUGGCCAUCCAGACAUCAGACUGGAACAUGGAUAAGGUUUACACAUGUAAAGUGUCUUUGGGCUCCCAGACUUCAGAGAAAAACAUCAAGAAGUCAGACUGUCCCACUGAAGAAUAGCGGAGGAGCAGAAUGACCAUUUCUAAUCUGCUUCUUUACUGUUUGUGCUGUUUGCUCAUUACAAGGUUUACAUGUUAGAAAAGAUGUGUCUGCAUGCUUGUAAUAAAUGUUGUGACAGUUAGGUGGAGGUGUUGUAUCAGCUUUGCAACUGCUGCAUUUCGAAAGACUCAUUCAAUAAAAAAGACAUUGUGAUCAAAAAA